AUGUCCGUGGUCGCGGAAGUGUUCUCGGAAGCCGAGCUGCAGGCGCUGUGUGGUAGCCACAAGGGGCUCACGACGUUGCUCCUGUGGGCACCAUGGCACGCGCCCAGUGUACACCUCACCAAGGUGUUGGACGCAAUUGCCGCAGAACAGAAGACGGUCCGCUUUGCUAAGGCCAAUGCAGAUGUUUGUCCUGGUCUGGCCACGGCUUUGGGAGCAGAUCAGGUGCCUUUCGCAGCAUUUAUGACCCCUCGCGGGGUCAGGAUAGAUGUCCUCGCAGGAGCAGACCCACCACGGCUUGUGGAAAAGGUGAAGACACUUGCCUCGCGUCCUUUCGAUGCAGCAGUUGCAGACGAAGCAAGCGAAGCGAAGGACUUGACGAGCAGGCUCAAGGCCCUGGUCAACUUCUCGCCUGUCAUGCUGUUUAUGAAGGGGUCCAAGGUGGAGCCGUUCUGCAAGUUCUCAAAGCAGGCAAUCGGAAUCUUGGAGAAGCACAGCAUUGAGUACUCAACGUUUGACAUACUGCAGGACGACGAGGUCCGACAAGGUCUGAAGGACUUCUCGAACUGGAAAACCUAUCCGCAGCUGUACAUUAAUGGCGAGCUUCUUGGUGGCGUCGACAUCCUGAAGGAAAUGGACGAGGACGGUUCAUUGCUUGAGGCCGUUGGAGUCGCCAAAGAACAACCGCUUCAGGAGAGACUCCACGGACUAAUCAACCAAGCCCCGGUCAUGCUCUUCAUGAAGGGCACUCCGGAUGAGCCUCGGUGUGGCUUCUCCAGAAAAGUUGUUGGGCUUCUCAACGAAAACAACAUCAAGUUCGACAGCUUCGACAUCCUCUCUGAUGAGGAAGUUCGUCAGGGCUUGAAGGACUAUUCCAACUGGCCGACCUACCCACAGGUCUACUCGAGUGGCAAGUUGGUGGGUGGAUUGGACAUUCUCAAGGAGCUGGCAGAUGAAGGCUCGUUGCUGGAGGAACUUUCCCAGUGA